AUGAGCAAUAGUUCCCACGACACCUUCGCGAGCAAUAAGCUGAUCGAGCUGCUGGGAAAGAGGGGAGAUCUCCACCAGGCGCGACGGGUCUUCGAUCGAAUCCAGAUCAAGGACUCAUUCUCAUGGGUGUUCAUGAUCACGGCUUACGCCCGGAUGGGCGAUGUCGUCAGUGCCAAGAAUCUCUUCGACGAAAUGCCCCUCCGGAAUCUCGCUGCCUGGAACGCGAUGCUCGCGGCCUACGCGCACCACGGCCGGAUCGACGACGCCAGGGCUUUCUUCUCGAGAUUCCCCUCCAAGAACGUUGUGUCGUGGAACACGCUCAUCACCGCGAUCGGGAGGGACGGCAAUCCGGAGGAGGCAAUGAGAAUUUUCGACGCGAUGCCGCUGAGAGAUCUCGUGUCGUGGACGGCGGUGGUCGCGACGCUGGCUCAGAACGCUCGUCUGGAUCGAGCCAAGCAGCUCUUUGAUGAAAUGCCGGAGUGGGAUUCGGUGUCAACAACGGCACUCCUGGCCGAAUUCUCGCAGGAGGGAGAUCUGGCGCAAGCGAUCCAGCUCUUCGACAGCAUUCCAGAGCCGAAUCUCAUCUCCAGGACAGCGAUUCUCGCGGCCUACGCGCAGAACGGCCAGAUCGAGAGGGCGAAGCAAAUAUUUGACGCCAUGGAAGAAAGAAACCUCGUCUCGUGGAAUGCGAUGCUCUCGGGCUACGCGAACGAGGGAAAGCUCGAUCUGGCCAAGGACGCCUUCGAUUCCAUGCCGGAGCACGACGUGAUCUCCCAGACCGCGAUGAUCGUUGCCUACGGCCAGAGCGGGAAUCUGGCCGAGGCCUCGGAAAUAUUUGCUCGAAUGCCACAUAGAACCCUAAUUUCCUGGAAUGCGAUGCUCGUAUCAUACGCCCAGAGCGGGCAUCGUGGCGAGUGCCAGCGACUCUUCGAUCGAAUGCCGGAGCAAAACCUAGUCUCUGCCACCGCUAUGAUAACUGCCUACUCCCAAGACGAUGACCUAGAAAAUGCCGAGAAUCUCUAUGAAUCUCUUCCGGAGAAGAAUGUUAUUAGCUCCACAGCCAUGAUCUCAGCAUAUGCCCAAAACGGGCAUUUGGUAAAGGCUAAACACUUGUUUGAUUUCAUGCCCAUGAAAAACCUAGUGUCGUGGAACGCCAUGCUAGCAGCAUAUUCACAAAGUUGUCAAGUAGAGAACGCCCACUGGAUCUUUCUCACAAUGCCACAGCACAAUUUAAUCUCUUGGAACACUCUUAUUGCUGCAAAUGCCCAAUUAGGGCAAAUAGAAACGAGCAAAGCUCUCCUGGAUUCCAUGCCGGAGCGAAGCGUCGUCUCCUGGACGGCGAUGCUCGUCGGCUAUGCGCAGAGCGGCGACCUCGACCUCGCGAAGCGGACUUUCGAUCGAAUACCAGAGCCCGACACGAUCGCGUGGGCAGCGAUCGUCGUCGUCCACGCCCAGAACGGCCACUACGCUCAAACCCUAGAGAGCUUCGAUGCGAUGAAAGCGCUCGUCCGCCCCGACGAGAUUUGCUUCUCGUUCGCGCUGCUGGCUUGCGUCCACGCCGGGAAGCUCGCGCUGUGCCGAUCGAUCUUCGUGUCGAUGGCGAUGGAUUUCAAUCUGGGCGCGAGGAAGCCGCAUUACACCUGCGUUGUCGAUCUGCUGUGCCGCGCUGGGCAUCUAGACGAGGCCGAGGAGCUGAUCGCGAGCAUGCCCUUUGUUCCCAAUGUCCUGGAGUGGCGAUGCUUGCUGGGCGCUUCCCGGAGCUACCGCGAUCGCGAGCGCGGCGCUAGGGCAGCGAUUGGAGCUUUAGAUCUCCAUCCAGACGAUGGCGCGGCAUAUGUCCUCCUGGCUAACACGAAUAUUCACUCCAUUGAUGGUUGCUGA